AUGGAUGCCAAACUAACAAAGAUCCAGAAGCCCCGCAAACGAAGCAGGCGUCACGUUCCGCAUUCGGAAAGAUCAGCGGAGGCUGUCGAAAGACGGAACGCGCGCGAGCGGCGGCGCGUCGAGGCCGUCAACUCCGCAUUCGUCCAGUUGUCCCGUCACAUCCCUGGCGGAGACGCAAACGAAAAGAUACAGAAAAUUGACAUUUUACGUGGUGCAAUCAGUUAUAUCAAUGACUUACUUGACAUUGUUGGCGAGGACAACGUUUUUCACGAGGGCAGUAAUUGUGGGAAUGUCAGUAAUGUUGGUGACGAUAAGGACUACAAUGGUUGUGACAAUACGGACAGGGAUUACGUCCCCACCGGAGCUGGACCUCUCGAGACGAGCAGCGGGACUAAUAGUGACGUGUUCAGUGAGCUCGAGAAUGAUAGCCGGGAAAGUAUGGAGAAAUCUUCACCAGUGUUACAACAAGCUAUUUCAAAACUUGACAUGGACUUCUUAGACGGAAUAAGUGAUCAAAGGCUGUCCCAAAUCUUUAACUUUGGCUACAAAUGA